AUGGCUGGAACCACUACCACUCUUUCCUGGCGGCAGGCCGUCACAGCUGCUCUUUACCUGGGCGGCACCGCCCAUGCUGCCCUCAUCCGGCAAAGAGACCCCCAGCCCCUGAUCGUGGUCAGUGGUGCGGGCCAAAACCAAGACAUCGCAGCCCAACUUCAGAAUUUGAUCCAGAGCGGUGCCGCUCAGGGCCAAGGUGAUGUUAUCGCGCGGAUUCAGGAUCUUCUCCAGGGCGGCGCCGCCAAUCUCCCAGCGGCCGGCGGCCAGCUUCAGGAUCUCCUGAACAGUCUGCUCGGGGCCAAUCCAGGUCUGAACCCCAACCUUCCUGUGGCAGCUCCUGUGGCCUCGGAAGUCAUCGUCACCGCCACCGAGGGCGCAGCCACUGAGACUGCCACAACGGAGACUGCUGCUACAGAAACGGCUGCGCAAACAGAAGAAGCCAAUGCUACAGCGACGGCCACAGAGACCACGGCCACCGAAGAAGCUACUGCUAUAGAGACUGCGACGGAAGCUACUGGCACUGAGGCGACCACAGCAACAGCAACCGAGACAGCAGCCAACGAGACUGCUACCGCCACAGAAGAAGCCACGGCGGGUGAGACAGCCACGGCCACCGAAACCGCAGAGGCCACUGCCACCGCCACCGAGACAGCAGAAGCAACAGCGACACCUCCGCCGCCGCCAGGGAACGUCACUGCGCCCAUCAUCGGCGGAAACAACACCGACGUCGGCAACGGAAAGGGCAAGGGCAAGGGUAGAGACCGCGCCGGCAAGGGCAAAGGCAAUGGAAAAGCAAACGGCAAGGGCAAGGGCAAGGGCAAGGGGAAAGGGGACAACGCCGACGACGAUGCCGAUGCCGAUGACGAUGCUGACGACAAUGCCAACGGUCAUGGCAAGGGUCAAGGCAAGGCAAAUGUCAACAACGGUCAGGCCAAUGUUGUGGACCUGAACGAGAUCCUUGAGGCUAUCACGGGCGGAGGCAACGGGAAGGGCAAGGGCAAGGCCCAAGCCCAGGCCGUCGAGGGUAAAGGCAAGGGCAAGGCCCAGGACGCUCAGGGUAAGGGCAAGGGCAAGGACAAUAACGCGGGUGAGGGCAACGACUCGGACAAUGUUGCCACUGUGGUGGUGCCAGUGGUGAAUUCUAGGCGCAGGCGGGCCGCUGUCCGGCGCGGACUGUACAUGUAA